CUCACAUCUACCGGUUCACUCUCCGACAGGAAACCCCUACGCAUUAUAUUUAUAGUAAAAUUCCAGAUCAAAUUGAAACUGCACGUGUUAAGUCCUUAUAUAAGUUGCCCGGGCAGAGGCUCAUAUAAGAGGUAUUCAACAAGUCCUUAUUUACAAUCUCACCCCGCAUCGACUUUCGAGUCUGGCCGAUGAGGAUAUAACAUUAUUCAAGCCAACAUAUACUACUCUCAAAACGAGACCAAACAAAUCACUAUGGGCAGCACGGAAGCGCUCUUCUCAGCAUCUCUCAUCUCACCAGAGGUUUCUGGUUCCUUCCCCGCCGACUUCACCAUCCGCCCAUUAGAGAAGGGAGACUAUGCCAAAGGCUUCCUAGACUGCCUGCGCGUCCUCACGUGGAUGGGCGAUGUCAGCGAGGCCGAGUUCAACGAGCGAUUCGACGAGAUGUUAGAGGCAAAAGGCACGUACUACUUCGCGGUGAUCGAGCACGCGGGCCGGAUCGUCGGGACGGGGGCCUUGGUUGUCGAGAAGAAAUUCAUACACCAGCGCGGCAAAUGCGGACACAUCGAGGAGAUCUCGAUUGCGAAGGAGCACCAGGGUAAAGGGCUCGGGCUGAAGAUGAUCCAGACCCUGGACUCCGUAGCGGUUAAUUUGGGAUGUUAUAAGAAUAUCCUGAACUGUGGCGCAAAGAACGAGCCGUUUUAUGUUAAGUGUGGAUAUAAGAGCUCGGGGAUGGAGAUGUCCCAUUACUUCGAGGAGGAGAGUGAGGAGUAUCACCGAGGAUAAUGGUAGGAGAGAAAAAUAGGGGAUUCUUAAAUAAGGAGGCGAGAGAAUAGAAAACAAGGGCUUCUGGAUUUAUUCUAAGGGGUUAUCUAGCAAUAUUCGAACUUGGUUGAGUAUUGCAUGGGUUAAUUGCUUAUUGUACCCAGUGCGAUCGGGAUUCGAAUAGGGAACACCAUAGAGAAGUGGAAUGCUAAUAACUGUUAUUGCCAACGGUCUACAUCAAGAGUAAAAUACAACUUUAACAAUCUAGGUUAAUUCCGUCGAAACCUCUUGAUAACGGC